GGUCGCAGAAGCAGGAUGACGAAGGGAACGUCAUCGUUUGGGAAGCGUCGUAAUAAGACGCACACGUGCCACCGCUGUGGCUCUAAGGCCUACCACCUUCAGAAGUCAACCUGCGGCAAAUGUGGCUACCCCGCCAAGCACAAGAGAAAGUAUAACUGGAGUGCCAAGGCUAAAAGACGAAAUACCACCGGGACUGGUCGAAUGAGGCACCUAAAAAUUGUAUACCACAGAUUCAGGCAUGGAUUCCGUGAAGGAACAACACCUAAACCCAAGAGGGCAGCUGUUGCGGCAUCCAGUUCAUCUUAAGAAUUUCACCAAUCAGUCACGCAAUAAUUGUUCUGAUUUUAAAAAAUAAAAAAAAAA